CCAGACAUUCCUUGAAUUCUCCCCCAGCCCCAAGCGCGCUAUAAACACUGACAAGAAAAAGUUUUUAUUUCCUGGUUCAACUUUUUACCCCCCCUGGAAUAUAAACUGAAGAAUGGGAAUAAAUACGAAUAAAUAACAAAGCGAGGCCGCGCACGCCGGGAUGCGCCUGGCAGCAGCCUGCCCGGCUUUUGUCUCCGCACCUUGAAGCCAGCCCAGGCGUCCUCCUCCGUUUCUUCCCUCUCCUGGUCCCUUUUGCUUUUCCUUUAAAAAAAGACACCCUCUCCAGCCCCCUCGCCGGUGACCUUGGCUGCCUAGGAUGCUCUGAUUCCGUGUCUCCCUCCAACUUGCCCCCGCGCUGCCUUGCCCAUGGCCGCAUCCGAGGAAGGCAGCAGCUGCCUUGUGUCGCGGGGCCGCUCGCAGAGUGACCCCAGCUUCCUCAGCGACUCUUCAGCCACCUCCACGGACGCCGCCGGGGAGAACCCAGAUGAGAUGGACCAAACUCCCCCAGCACGUUCCGAGCCUCUGGUCUCAGGGAUUCGAACUCCCCCUGUGCGGAGGAACAGCAAGCUGGCUACCCUGGGCAGGAUCUUCAAACCAUGGAAAUGGAGGAAAAAGAAAAAUGAGAAGCUGAAGCAGACCACAUCAGCCCUGGAGAAGAAGAUGGCUGGCAGGCAAGGCCGGGAGGAGCUCAUCAAGCAGGGGCUGCUAGAGAUGAUGGAACAAGAUGCUGAAAGAAAAGCAUGCAGUCCCGAUGAAGGCCCCCAGCCUGCGCAGAGCGAGCCGGCCACCGCUGAGCAGGAGACACUGACCUCGGACGAUGUCCAGCCUGGAAGUCCCUUGGCCAGUGGGACAGAUCAGGCCACCGGGGAUGAACUUCUGUCCUCCGAUGCCCAUCUGGAUGACACAGCCAAGAUGCCUUCUGCAUCCAGUGCAGAAGAAGCAGAUGAUGGCAGCACCCUGCCCACCGCUGAUGAGCUCUCUCAAGCCUUAGCUGGGUCUGACUCGCCGGACAGUCCUCCCAGACCCCUGGAGAGAUCUGCAAGCCAGCUUCCCAGCCCCCCACUGCUGCCCACCCCGCCACCCAAGGCCAGCUGUAAAGCCACAAAAACUGUCACAGGUCAAGCUGCACUCUUCCAAGGCGCCAGCAUGAAGGGCAAUGAGCCGGCUCUCCGAGGACAGCUUGCCACCCCCACCGGGUCCCCUCAUCUCACCACUGUGCACCGGCCACUGCCCCCCAGCCGCGUGAUUGAGGAGCUUCAUAGGGCACUGGCCACUAAGCAUCGCCAGGACAGUUUUCAAGGACGGGAAUGUAGAGGGUCUCCAAAGAAGUGGAUGGACAUGCGUCUGUCCAGGACAUCCAGCAUGGAGCGAGGCAAGGAGAGGGAGGAGAUGUGGAGCUUUGACGGGGCCUCAGAGAACAAGCGGAGUGCCAGCAAGGACUCAGAGGAGAACAAGGAGAAUCUGAUGCUGAGCUCCGAGCUCAAGGACGACCUGCUUCUGUAUCAGGAUGAGGAGGCCCUCAACGACUCCAUCAUCUCCGGGACAUUGCCAAGGAAAUGCAAGAAGGAGCUGCUGGCAGUGAAGCUGAGGAACCGGCCGAGCAAGCAGGAGUUAGAGGACCGGAACAUCUUCCCCAGGAGGACUGAUGAGGAGAGGCAGGAGAUCCGGCAGCAGAUAGAAAUGAAGCUCUCCAAAAGGCUGAGCCAGAGACCAGCCGUGGAGGAGCUAGAGAGAAGAAAUAUCCUGAAACAAAGGAAUGAUCAGACAGAACAGGAAGAAAGGAGAGAAAUCAAGCAAAGACUAACAAGAAAGCUUAAUCAGAGACCCACUGUAGAUGAAUUGAGAGACAGAAAAAUUCUGAUCCGUUUCAGUGACUAUGUGGAAGUAGCAAGAGCACAGGACUAUGACAGGAGGGCAGACAAACCCUGGACAAGACUGUCAGCAGCAGAUAAGGCAGCAAUUCGUAAAGAAUUAAAUGAGUAUAAAAGUAAUGAAAUGGAGGUACAUGCAUCCAGCAAGCACUUGACAAGAUUCCACAGGCCAUAGAGAUUUUCUUCUGAGAAGAAUUUGUGUUUAAUUUUUGAUACCAACACUGAACAUUCAUCAGGGAACUUUCCUCAAGACUAACUGCUGUGUUUGUGAGAAGAGCAGAAUCGCACAGAGGCACAAUCCUGACUGCUCACCUACAAGAGGAGCAACCCAGAGGACACACUCCCUUCUUUGGUGUCUGAGGAGUGUGAACUGUUGGGGUCACUUAAGGCCCAGAGUAACUCUCCCAGAA